AUGCUCUCCAUUCUCGCUGAACGGGGCGUCCGUGGCCGCCUGCUGGCGUGGGUGGGCCAUUACCUGGAGGGACGGAGAGCGGCCGUCCGAUUUCAGGGCCAUACGUCCGCGAUAGAGACUUUUGAGAACGGCACGCCUCAGGGUGGCGUCCUGAGCCCCGUGCUGUUCAAUCUGCUCGUCGAGAAGUUGGCGGCCCUUCCGACGAGCGGAACCGCAAGAGUCCUAUCGUAUGCGGACGAUGUGGCCCUGGUGGUGUGGGGCCCCAACCAGGUGGCCUGCGCCCGCCAGCUCCUCCGCCGGCUGACUCAGACGUGCGCCGCCCUAGGGCUGGUCGUCAACAGGACUAAGACAAAGGCCAUGACCUUCCGCCACGGCCACCUUCCUGAGCCCUUCGACCUCGAGGGUACGCCCGUGCCGUGGGUGCACACUUACAAGUACCUCGGGGUCACUGUUGACUCCAGCCUGUCCUUUGGCCCGCACAUCGCCCGUGUGCGGGACGAGGUACGGCGGCGCACUAAUGUGAUGAGGGCCCUUGCCAGAACAGCGGGUGGGUCUGGGGACAGGGUCCUGCGGACUUUCUACAUCCAGGGCGUUCGGUCCUGUAUUGAUUACGGGACGCCGUGCCUGCUGACGGUGGGACCGGCGGCGCUUAGGCAGCUGGAGACAGCUCAGAACGCCGCCCUCCGCGUCAUCGUUGGCGCCCCCAUGUGGACGAAAUGCGUGUGCCUCCGGGCGGAGGCACGCGUGUGCAGCGUCGCCGCGAGAGUCACCCAACUCUCAGUGGGGCAUCUGGCGGCGCUGCUCAGAUGCAUGGGGGCGGAGCAGCUCCGCGCCUCCGUCGGGCAGGCCCUCCUGCAGGACCCUCUCCUGUUCCGCAAGAGAACGUGGGCGACUGUGGCGGCGGCCACGAUUCGCAAUAGCGGACUCCCCCACGCCCUUGUGACGGCUGUGGACGCCCCCCACCCCACCUACGUUGCCCGCCCCCCGUGGGAGCCGCCUGCCUUAACAGCCACCAUACGGCCGCUCGCCAAAAAGGAAGACGGUUGUUCCUCCACCCAGGCUGAGCUGGCAGCCAUUGGCGGGGCGCUGGAUCAUGCAGUGGAAGGGGGUCGGGGCCCUGUCUUGAUCCACUGCGAUUCAGUCCCUGCCAUCCGCUCUCUGCUACAGGACCCCCCGCGCGACAACGUGUCUCUCCUCACCUCCAUCCUUGCGAGGCUGGCAGAGUUGAGAGGAGCGGGGCGCCCAGUUAAAGUUAACUGGUUGCCCAGCCACUCGGGCGUGGCAGGCAACGAGGCGGCGGACGGCGCUGCUGCUGAGGCAACGCUCCUGCCUGCUGUCACGCGGCCUGUUGUGGUUAGCCUUGCACAAGUGAAGAGGGACAUGGCCGCACGAUCUGCUACUGGGGUCGUCAGGGAGCUGGAGGAGGCCCUGGCUGCGGGCUCGCCGUCCGCGUUUUGGUACUCGGCGGCCACUAACACCGGCGCCCGCCAGCUACCGCCAAAUCUGCCGAGAUGGGAGGCAUCCAACAUCCGCCGCCUCCGUCUCGGCUACAAAUCCUUGGUGGGGGCGCUGGACGACGGAGAGUUUGCUGCCCUAGUGCGGGCGUAUGAGCCGCCCAGCCCACGUGCUCCGCUUUCUCCCCCAUCCAGCCCCUCGGCUUCCCGCCGUUUGGGGAGGCGCAAGCCGGCGGAGUAUGACGGGAAGGUGACCUGGGAGGCCUAUGUUGCCCAGUUUGAGAUGCUAGCUGCUACCCAGGGCUGGGACGAGGCUGAGAAGGCGCUGCAGUUGGCAACAGCGCUUCGGGGCCCAUCUGUGGAAGUGUUGGGGCACCUGCCGCCGGCCCAACGUUCCUCUUACGGGAGCAUGGCGGAGGCCCUGCGGCGACGUUUCAGGCCUUCAGGCCUUCAGGCCGAGGUGUACCGAGCUCGCCUGAAGAAGCGGACUCGGGAGCGCGGCGAGACACUUUCGCAGCUGGCGCAGGACGUAGAAGCGCUCGUCAGAAGGUCGUAUCCUGCUGCCCCGGAAGAGAUGAUCGUGGUGCUGGCCCGCGAUUUCUUUGUUGACGCUCUGCACGACCAGCAGCUGCAGAUUUACGUUAAGCAGGCGCACCCUGGGGACCUAUAG